GUUUAUAAAAAUUGUGAAUAAAGGAAUUAGCAAAGUAGAAACUAUCUUGAAGACAGUUCUUACACCGCAUGAUCCACCUGAAGGAUUAGUUGAGAAUUAUAUUUUAUUGAUAGCAGAUAAAAAUAUAAGUAAUUUUCAAAAAAUAUUAGAUAUCAAGGGUAUAAAGAAAAAUGAACAACAACCUUCAUUUCUUAAUAAUGUACCAUUAGCAGCGGCUGAGACUAAGUUUAAUGCAGUAAAUAUUAAAAAAGUUUUAAGUGGUAGGAAUUGGAGAAAGAAGGAUGGUGAUGGAACAAAAAAAGAGGAUGAUAAGGUUUAA